AUGCUCAAGGGCAAGAAGAAAGACAAGGAGGGAAAAGAUAAGGUUUUCUAUUGGGAAGAAUUGAGUUCGCGCGGGUAUGUUAUGGUGUUAAAAAGGCUAAGACCUGUUAUACCUCGGCGGGAUCGUCGACAGUCCAGCAGUCUGUUCAAUGUUUCAUCGAACAGGGAGCUUGUGAAGUUGCCUCCUAUAAAAGAUGCCGAUCCAUCGGAACGCGAAGAUUUGUUUAUUCAAAAGUUACGACAAUGCUGCGUGGUGUUCGAGUUUGCACAGGAUCCGUUAAGCGAUAUGAAAUACAAAGAGGUGAAACGAGCAGCAUUGAACGAACUCAUUGACUAUGUGUCGACGUGCCGUGAUGCCAUCACUGAAAAUGUUUAUCCUGAAGCAAUUAAUAUGUUUGCUCUCAACUUAUUCCGACCGCUUUCACCUCCAACGAACCCCGUAGGUGCCGAAUUUGACCCUGAUGAAGACGAACCGACGCUCGAAGCUGCAUGGCCACAUUUGCAGGUGAUCAUU